GUCCCUCCUUCGAAUCCUGCCCACCUGUAAAACGCCCCAGACACUGUUUGUCAUUCUAUGAUAAGACUUAUUCGUUUUCCAAUUUGGAUACAUUUGAGUCUGAGAAUUGCUUUGUGCGAGAGGAUAAAAAACGAAGAUCGACAAUGGUUUGCGGAGGAUUUGUUUGCACCAAGAAUUCCUUAUGCGCGCUGAACAUACUUUAUGUUAUGGUGAGCUUGCUGCUGAUUGGAGUAGCUGCUUGGGGGAAGUGGUUUGGCCUGGUCUCCAGUUUUCGGGUGGUGGCUGGAGUCAUUGGCGUGGGCAUCUUCCUGUUAUUCGUAGCCUUUGUGGGCCUCUGUGGAGCCCUGAAACACCACCAGGUCCUGCUGUUCUUUUACAUGAUUAUCCUGUUCCUGGUGUUCAUGGUGCAGCUGUCAGUGUCUGCCGCAUGUCUGGCUAUCAAUAAAGAGCAGCAGAAUGAACUCCUAGAGGUGGGCUGGAACAAGUCAGAGGCCACUCAGAAGGAUGUGGAGAAAACUCUAAACUGCUGUGGCUUCUCCCAUCCGAACUAUAAUGGCACCUGUGAUGCGGACUGUUUCUCCAACCCAUUAUCCUGCAACCCUUGUGCUCCAAUCAUCCAAAGUCACGCCGAGGAGGUUUUACGCUUUGUGGGUGGGAUUGGAUGCUUCUUCAGCUUCACAGAGAUCCUGGGAGUGUGGCUAACGCACAGAUACAGAAAUCAGAAGGAUUCCCGUCCAAACUCUAGUGCCUUUCUGUAACUAGUAAACCCAACUUUGCACUGUCAUGGAUUUGUAUUUAGAUUUUUGUGCUUUGGAGAUCAUGUGUGACUUAUAUUACGAUUGUACAAUGUUUCCUAUUCAGAUAUUUCCAUUACUGUGAUAAUAUAACUAUGUGUUGAUAUAACUAA